ACAGGAAGUGAAAGAAAGAACUUCUUCCUAAAAACCACAGAAGAAGAGAAAACUACAGAGAAACCCACAGAGAGAGAGAGACAGGUCCUGUAGUUUAAUCAGACAGACAGGUGGAUAGUGAAGUGAUGGAGUCGGUGUGUGAGGAUGACCUCUGCUGGCUGCAGCUCGAUGACUUCAGGAUGCUGCUCAUCAAAACCAUCGACCCUUCAAGAAUUACUCCGUACCUCCGCCAGUGUCAGGUGGUCAGUGCUGAGGAUGAGGAGCAGCUCUUCAACGACCCAGCCCUCGUCAUCAGGAGAAGAAAAGUUGGAGCCCUGCUGGACAUCCUGCAGAGGACAGGGGUCAAAGGUUACACAGCCUUCCUGGAGAGUCUGGAGCUGGAUUAUCCUCAACUGUACAGCCGCAUCACCGGGAAGGAGCCCAACAAGACCUUCAGCAUCCUCAUCGACACAGCGGGUGAAUCCGGUCUGACUCAGUUCUUGAUGUCAGAGCUCAGCCGCCUGCAGAGGGCGCUGCAGGACGAGAGGAGGCGUCGCCAGCAGGCCUGCUCCGUUGCUAAGGAACAGGAGGUGUGGUCUCGACAGCAGCAGCUGAAGGACCGCGAGCUGAGGAAGCUGACGGAGCGCGUGCAGAAGGUUCGGGAGGAGCGAGAGCGUCUGAGCGAGGAGGUGAAGCAGCUCCGAGACCACAACUACAGUCUGAUGGCCGACAUCAACACGCUGGGCCAGGAGAGGAGCAGCGCCCUGCUGGCCAACCGGGACCUGCAGAUAGAGGUGGAACGUCUUAAACACACCGUGCAGCGAGCUGAGAGUCAGACCCGACUGCUGAGACGCCGAACACUGAGACCGCAGCAGGAGAGCAGCAGUCUGGCUCUGCCCACAGAGACGUUCUUCCAUCCAAACAAAACGGAGCUGAAGGAGGAAAAGCAGGAGGAGAAAAAAGAAGAGAAACAGGAAGAGAAAAAGGAGGAGCAGGAGAAGGAGACGCAGGAGAAGGAGGUUCCAGCUCCUCUUCAGCUGAACCUCCUAACUACAGUGUUGAGGCUGAGGAGACAGCUCCACAGAGCAGAGGAGCAGAGAGCCAGGAGUCUGGAGGAGAAGGAGGAGCUGGAGCUGCUGUCCGCUCAGCUGAAGGGAGACGUCAGGAUGUACCGUCAACGAAACAAACAAACCCUCAGACAGCUGGAGGAGGUGAUCAGAGAGAGAGACAAGGCUCUGUCGUCGCGGGCGGAGCAGCAGGAGGAGGUGCGGCUGCUCCUGCAGGAGAAGGAUCAGUACAGGGAGCAGGUCAGACAGCUCACCGAACAAUCUGAUAGGCAGGAGCUCCUCCUGCUGAGGUCACAGGGGGAGGAGCUACAGCUGAGGACACGUCUCCGCAGACUCACCUGCAACACCCACCAGGGUGAGAGGAGUGUGAGCAGCGAGGAAGAGAACGCUGCUAAAGGUAGCAGUGAGGAGGUGCGCAAUGGGACGUCUGGGGAGAACGAGGAGGCGUCAGCGCCGCAGGAACAGGACUCUCCUGUAGGAGGAGUCACAGAGUCUGAACGGAGGCCCAGCAGUGCUGCAUCAUGGGACGAGGAGACAGGUGGCUGUCUGUCCUCCAGGAGCAGGCCUAACUUCUGUUACAGAAGGAAGCGAGCCCUCAGGUCAAAGUUCAUCGGUAAGCAGUUCACUGCCGGUAACCCUGACGACAGCAGCGGAAGUGACAUCACCGACUCGGACUGAAAACAAGCUGCCUUCAAAAUAAGAGUCUCAGAGUUUUGUAUUUCAGUUUAAGUCCUUUUGUUUAUUUUCCUGUUGUCUGUUUCCUGAGACUUUAUUAAUAAAGGAAGCUCCGUUUGU